GCGCUCAAGCACGCUAGCGGACGAAGACGACGGCGAGGAGCAGAACGCAGCGACCGCCAUAAUUAUUUUUGACCGUCGAGCUCGCAGGUCACGCACUCAGCCGCUCCUCCACCGGUGCCCCUGCCUGUCCCCGAGAGACUGUCCGUCACCGUGAAACCGAAGCGAGAUGGCGAUCAACGUACCGGGCCUGGUGGCCAUCGUAUUCUUCUACUUGAUCAUCCUGGUGGUGGGCAUCUGGGCCGGCCGCAAGAACGAUGCGCCGCGUCGAAGCACUUUAUCAAUGAGCAUGGGCGAACAAUCCAACAUCAUGCUCGCCGGCAGAAACAUCGGGCUGUUCAUCGGCGUCUUUACUAUGACCGCGACCUGGGUUGGAGGCGGUUAUAUCAACGGUACCGCUGAAGUGGUCUACCUCAGCGGGCUCGCCUGGUGCCAGGCUCCCUUCGGAUACGCCAUCAGUCUGCUCAUCGGCGGAUACCUGUUCGCGGUGAAAAUGAGGAAGGCCGGCUACAAGACAAUGCUGGACCCCUUCCAGCAGCACUUCGGCGCCCGCAUGGGCUGCUUGCUCUUCCUGCCGGCCCUUUGCGGCGAAGUGUUCUGGUCUGCCGCCAUCCUCGCCGCCCUCGGCGCAACCGUGGAGGUCAUCAUGGACUUUGAGCGCACAGAGUCGGUGGUCGCGUCGGCGUGCAUCGCCCUUUUCUACACGUUCACGGGCGGCCUCUACUCGGUCGCCUACACGGACGUCAUCCAGCUCCUGGCCAUCUUCUUUGGCCUGUGGCUGUCGGUGCCGUUUGCCAUGUUCCACGAGGCGGUCGGCCCGAUCUCGUACCCGAGGAACGACUUCGUGGGCAGCGUCGAGUGGAAGGACUUCGGCACCUACUGGGACAACAUGCUGCUUCUCAUGAUGGGCGGCGUGCCCUGGCAGGUCUACUUCCAGCGGGUUCUCUCGAGCCGCACGGCCGAGGGUGCCGAGCUGCUGUCGUACAUGGCGGCGUUCGGCUGCCUGUUCAUGGCCAUCCCGCCCGUCAUCAUCGGCGCCGUCGCCAAGGCGGCCAACUUCACGCAGGUGGGCUACACGAAGGCCGUUCCACUGACGGGCGAUGCGACGUCGCUGACGUUGCCGCUGGUGCUGCAGUACCUGACGCCCGGCUUCGUCUCCGCCAUGGGGCUGGGCGCCGUCUCCGCGGCGGUGAUGUCCUCUUCGGACUCGUCCAUCCUCAGCGCGGCAUCCAUGUUCGCCUGGAAUAUCUACAAACUCGGCAUCAGGCAGAACGCCACGGAGAAGGAGGUGAUCUACGUGAUGCGCGUGUCCAUUGUGCUGGUGGGCGCGCUGGCCACGUUCAUGGCGCUCACGGCCGAAUCCAUCUACUCCCUGUGGUACCUCUCCUCGGACCUGGUCUACGUGAUCCUCUUCCCGCAGCUCGUGUGCGUGGUCUACCUGAAGGACCACGUCAACACGUACGGCUCCUUCGCCGCCUACGUGGUCGGCUGCUUCCUGCGCGCGGGCGGCGGCGAGCGCAUUCUGAAGAUACCACCCUUCAUCAAGUACCCCUUUUACGACUACGAGCAGGGCGAGCAGCGCUUCCCGUUCCGCACCUUAUCCAUGGUCAUCAGCUUCCUCACCCUGGUGGCGGUGUCCGGCAUCACCUCGUGGCUCUUCACCGGUGGACGCGUGCCCCUCGACUGGGACGUGUUCAACUGCUUCCAGCCCGAUGCCAAGGUGCUCGACAAGGUGCCCUUGGUUGAGGGCGCGGAUUUGAAGGCACCUGCAGCUGUGGGACCACCGCCCGCUGCUCCCGAGCCUGUGCUCACGCCGGCCACGGCGGAGACGUCUGCGAUUCCGGGCAGUAGUGCGUCGGCGUCGACUACGCCUCGUGACGCCGCAGGGAUCACGCCUCAUAGCACCUCGGAAUACAAGCUGUCACCAGUCGAGAAGAUUCCCAGCCGUAUAUCGCAGCACUCAGCGGAAAUGACGUUGAAGAGUCCCGGUACACCAGCGAAGGGCGACGUCAGCAAGGACGCGAGCGAGACGUCUGCCAGCAAGCGCAAGAAGCACGGCCGCUCCAGCCAGGAGUCAAGCAAGUUGGCGCAGAGCGACACCCCGCAGACGCCGCAACCGUAGGCCCCGGACGAGACCACAACCAAGGCGGAGCACCACUGAGCUGCCCUGGUGCCGCCGCAUUCGCAGCGAACGCCGCGUUGGUCCUGGUGGCAAUGAUAAAGAGAAAAUGCGCUCGUCUCUUGGGAACCAGUUCGACUUGGGUAUUUAUUCACGCAGCCGAUCCUCUCUAACUCUUAACCACGCUUUGUAGUACACUUCGAGCACUGUAGAGGUAAAUUUUCAAGAGGAAGCACGCAAGUAGGUGCAAGACAUGCGAAGCCGUAACACGUUCCAUAUAGGUGUCCGAAGGCAACCGAUGCGUACACGAGACGAGCCAUGGUAAGGCCGCAUGUCCACAAAGUUAGUUUGUGCGGUGUAAGGCGCUAGAGGUGCUGUCGCUGCUCGCCGGCAGUGUUCCUGUUUGCAAGCGUCUGUGAUGCUUCUUUGUCUGGACACGCAGAAUAUGAUAAUUGUUCAGGGUUGACGAGGCGGGACGGAAAGAAAUUCGCUGCUUACUUUUUCGCUGCGUAGUUAACGGGUGUGAACACUAUAGCACAUGGGUUGAGAACGACGGAUGUGCACGGUAGGAGGCGCCGCUGCUAGAAUUUCGAUUUGCGCAAAUUUACGCUGCUAGUUCAGCGCAGAAAGGAGCAAUGACUCAUGAACUAAGGGCGUGUAAGUGGAGGAAGACGAGUGAUGAAUUAGGCUUUGUUGCCUGAUCACGUGCCACGACCCAGUUUGUUUUAGAAGUUAUCAAUUCAUGUUUAAGUGAUAUGCAACGAUAAUUUUCUUAAUUUUCUAGUGCUGUGCGACAGGUGAUAUUCCAAUGUCACACCUAUUCGCCAAUAUUCGACUGUUCUUAGGCUUCAGACGCUCCCGACAGACGGUAUUCAACUGCUUUUCAGGUUUCCGCACCCUUGCGAUAGAAGAUCUUCACCUUUCGGUCUCACACACAUGUUCAUUACCGAAUCAGUUAAAUGAUUCUAGGAAACGCUUACGCCAUUUUUUACUGGAAUAAAGGCUUAUUCUCUCUCUUUCA